AAUAAUAUCAGUUGCUGGAAUAUCAUUUUUUAUCUGGUCAAAAAGCCAAGUGGAUCGUCAACGUUACCAAGAAAUGGUAAAACGUCGUGAAGAAUCGAGAAGAAAAUCAUUGGAAUAAAAUUAAAUAAAUAUACUAAAAAUAAUAAAUAAAAAAAAACAACAAUAAACAUUCUAUUUAAAUUGAAAAUAUCAACAAAUAAAUAAUCAUGGCUGGUCUUCAACUGGAUGAAUCAAAGAUGAAAAUGAUGCAAGAUUUAGAGAUAGAAAUGAUGUCUGAUAUGUAUAACAAAAUGACUCAAGCAUGUCAUAAAAAAUGUAUCCUUCCAAAAUACUCAGAGCCAGAUUUAGGAAAAGGUGAAUCUGUUUGUUUGGAUCGUUGUGUUUCAAAAUAUCUUGAUAUUCAUGAAAGGAUUGGUAAAAAAUUAACCCAAAUAUCAAUGAAUGAACAGCAAAAAGCUGAAAAUCCAGCAUCUUAACAACAUUUUCAUUUAAAUUAUUUAGAUUAAUUAAAAUUUUUCCAUAUGCAUUUAAUUAAUUUCUAAAAAUUUAAACAAAUAAUUUGCGUUGAAAAUUUAAAAU